AUGGACUCAACUUCCCCAUCCGCAAAGGCCGAAGCCCUGAUCGCUUCACUCGAGCAAUACGGACAAGGAGAUUACAUUGGCGAAUCCAUCAGCCAGUUAGAGCACUGUUUGCAGGCAGCGAACCAGGCCCGCGAAGCAGAAGCGCGAGAUGAACUGGUAAUUGCAGCCUUACUCCAUGACAUCGGUCAAAUCAUUCCCCUGGAAUCGACCAAAGAAGUCCGCAUGAAUCUCCGCGAAAGCAGCGAGAAUGUCGGCCGCGUUGGUCACGAGGCCAUCGGUGCCGCCUACUUGAAAUCCUUGGGAUUCAGCGAAACAGUAUGCCGGCUAGUUAAUAGCCAUGUUGCUGCGAAGCGAUAUCUUACGGCUGUGAAUCGUGAGUACUAUGAUUCUUUGUCCUCUGCAUCACAGAAGUCCUUGGCUUUCCAGGGUGGUCCGUUUCAAGGGGGUGAGCUACAAGAGUUUGAGGAGAAUCCUUUGAAGGAUGAGAUGGUUUCAAUGCGUUUGUGGGAUGAUCGGGCUAAGCUGGUCGGAGUUGAGGCCUCUACACCUCGUGCUAGCGCUUAUUUGGAUAUGCUUAUUAGCCACCUGUCCUAG